AUGAACGGACUGAGCCCCGGCCCGGCCGGCAUCGCCAUGAAGGACCACGAUGCCAUCAAGCUGUUCGUGGGGCAGAUCCCCCGCAACCUGGAGGAGGGGGACCUCAAGCCCCUCUUCGAGGAGUUCGGCAAGAUCUACGAGCUCACGGUGCUGAAGGACAGGUUCACCGGCAUGCACAAAGGCUGUGCCUUCCUCACGUACUGUGCCCGGGACUCUGCUCUGAAAGCCCAGAGUGCGCUGCAUGAGCAGAAGACGUUACCUGGGAUGAAUCGCCCCAUCCAGGUGAAGCCGGCGGACAGCGAGGGCCGAGGAGGUAGCAGUUGCCUAGGGCAACCCCCGCCUCACAGGAAGCUCUUUGUUGGGAUGCUGGGGAAGCAGCAGAGCGAAGAUGAUGUCAGGCGGCUGUUUGAACCCUUUGGCCAGAUCGAAGAGUGCACCAUCCUCAGAGGGCCCGACGGAGCCAGCAAAGGAUGUGCCUUUGUAAAAUACGGGAGCCAUGGGGAGGCUCAGGCAGCCAUCAACAGCCUGCACGGCAGCCAGACCAUGCCGGGAGCCUCCUCCAGCCUGGUGGUGAAGUUUGCAGACACAGACAAGGAAAGGACUUUAAGGCGGAUGCAUCAGAUGGCAGGACAACUGGGAAUCUUCAACCCGAUGACCAUCCAGUUUGGAGCGUAUGGGGCAUAUACGCAAGCGAUAAUGCAGCAGCAGGCAGCCCUGAUGGCUGCAGCACAAGGGACCUGCCUGAACCCCAUGGCAGCCAUCGCCGCAGCCCAAAUGCAGCAGAUGGCGGCCUUUAACGUCAGCGGACUAGUUGCUGCUCCUAUGACCCCCUCAUCAGGUACAAGCACACCUCCAGGGAUCAGCACAGCGCCCGUCCCCAGCAUAGCCACGCCCAUUGGGGUGAAUGGGUUCAGCCCCCUCCCACCACAGACCAAUGGGCAGCCAGCAUCCGAGACCAUUUACACCAAUGGAAUCCAUCCGUACCCAGCUCAAAGUCCCACUGUGGCAGAUCCCCUCCAACAAGCCUACGCAGGCAUGCAGCACUAUGCAGGUCCAGCAUACCCAGCAGCCUAUGCACCUAUCAGCCAGGCCUUUCCCCAGCAAGCGCCCAUCAUUCCACAGCAGCAGAGAGAAGGUCCCGAAGGAUGUAACCUGUUUAUUUAUCACCUGCCCCAGGAGUUCGGAGAUGCGGAGCUCAUGCAGAUGUUUUUGCCUUUUGGCAAUGUCAUCUCUGCCAAAGUCUUUGUUGAUCGUGCCACCAACCAAAGUAAAUGCUUUGGUUUCGUCAGUUUUGACAAUCCAACUAGUGCUCAGGCAGCCAUUCAGGCCAUGAACGGCUUCCAGAUCGGCAUGAAGAGGCUAAAGGUCCAACUAAAGCGGCCAAAAGAUGCCAACAGACCCUACUGA